UAUUUUACUUUUUCAGAAUCACCUUUAUAUGUGAACACAUACAAGGAAGUUGACUCCGGUUUUAUCUGCUGGAUCUUUUUGACUAUGGAGUCAAUGUUUGGUUCCCACUUAAAUUCAUGUGUAUGUUCUCUCACAGCUGUUAGUGUGACGUCAUCAGACCGGAGCCUCUGCACAGUCAGCAGAAAAGGAAGUGACUCAGAGCAGAAUUUCCAGUGUGUGUGUGUGUGUGUGGGCGGAGCCUGUCUCUCACUCACUCACACACACACACACACACACACACACACGAGGAAGUCCAGUCGGCUUGUUCUCUCUGACCUCGAUGCCUCGCGCCGUCCUGAUCCACGGCUGUGGACCGUCAUGCACCGCGGGCUCCUCCCUGUUGCCGGAAGUCGCUCCGGACUCGCAGGUGUUCGUUUUGAGCGGGAAACUUCACCGCGACCUGGCAAGUCGCGGGGGCGCGCACGUGCACGUGCUGGACGGCGGCUCCACAGCGGAGCGCGUGUUCCGCUUCAAACAGCGCGUGGACCUGCUGGACCUGAACACCGUCACGGUGCUGACCAGCCCGCGUGGGCGGGGACUGAUGACGCGGUACCAGCAGUUGCUCUUCACUGCCGUCUACACCUUUGAAUACAAGGUGGAUGACGUCACCUGCCCGGGCUGCACAGACCCCGCCCACUCACCUGGUGAAGGAGUGGAAGAAGAAGUGCGCAAGUUUCUGCAGCAGUUACCUGCACUGAGGGGCGGAGUCACGGUGCUGACCUCAACUCUGAUCCCAGACACUUUUGGUCACGGCUUCAGCACGCGUGAAGGGGGCGUGUCCUACAUCCCGAAUCUGUCCUCCUUAAACCUUUUCAGCAGCAGCAGGAGGCGGGACCCUGUUGCCGUGGUGACAGAGAACAGGCGGCGCCUCGCCGUCCGCGGCGGCUUCCAUCCGAAACCACUUCACCUGGUCAAGGUGAACCACGCCAGCGACGUGUGGGUCAUGAGCAAAGCUCAGCCCGACAGUUACGACGCAAUAGUGACCGAUCAGAGCGGAGUGGUGGUGGCGGCGCCGGGAGCCGACUGCAUGACCCUGCUGUUCACCGACCCUGUGAAGAAAGUGGGCGGAGUCGCUCACGCAGGUAAAACACCUGUUCAUGUUCAGCUUCAAAAACUCAGCUGUUCUCGCCGAUCAUUUCUGCUCAUCCUCAGGUUGGAAAGGGACCUUGAUGGGCGUCGCCAUGGCGACAGUAAAGGCCAUGGCGACAGAGUUCGGUUGCCAGAUGAGCGACAUCUUGGUGGCGGUGGGGCCGAGUGUCGGGGCGUGUUGUUUCACCCUGGACAGACAGGAGGCGCUGCAGUUUGUCAGCAUCCAUCCAGACUGUGUCGUGGAUCCAGAUUCAGACCGACCGCACGUCAACAUCCGCCUCGCCAACAGGCUCCUCCUACAGAGAGGCGGGAUCCUGCCCGAACACAUCCACGACGACACGGUGACGACACGCCCCCGUGUGACGCUCUGCACUUCCUGUCAUCCUCGACUCUUCUUCUCUCACGUCAGAGACGGAGCCCACUUUGGAACCCAGGUGGGUUUCCUGUGGAUCCGAGAGAACGAGGACAGACCUGAGGACAGAGGACAGACCUGAGACACAUUUGAUCUUUAAGGGUCAGAAUGAUGUUUGUUCACAUUUGUAGAAACUGAAAUAAAUUUAAUAAUUGAA